GGAUGCUAUGAGUGUUCCCAGCGCCGCAUCCACUGCGAUAGAAAAGAGCCUGUCUGUGGGAAAUGUACUGCCAAGGGCAUCAGCUGUAGCGGUCUGGGGAUGCGAUUUCGGUUCCGUGAUGCAAGCAAAAGAAGAGGACCCCGAAAGCACAUCUUACCACCGUACGUCUGCGGGAAAGUCAGCGCACACCGAUGGAUGCUGACAAGACAGGAGAUCCUGUUCCCAAACGAGUGCAAGAACGCUCCGUCGUCUCCUGAUGAGGACCCUGCCCUAUUCUCGCCAUCGCCCCAGACCUCAGACAGCGAUCGAUCACCAGAACCCGCCGUCUCCUCCUUUGACUCCAUCUCAAUCAUCACGCCCCCAUUAGCCGAGCUUGAAGCAUGGAAGUCCUACCUCCUCACAUAUUUCUCCGAACAAAUCGCCCCGCAGAUGGUGGUCAUCGACGACCAGCACAACGGCUGGCGCGGCACCAUCCUUCCUAUCGCACACACCGACGAGCUGGUCCUCAACUCCGUCCUGUCCGUCGCCUCCCUCCACCUCCUGGGCACGGUCGGCAGCAGCCCCGGCUGUGCCGACCCCCGGAGGCUCUACACGCAAGUCAUCCGGGGGCUGCAGCGCCGCAGCGACCUGGGCGCCUGCGACAUGGCGACCAAGAAGUCCGUCAUCCUGACCAUCCUCAUCCUCCUGCUGGCCGUGAUGGUCACGGGUGGCUCGGACUUUCCGAUCUUGUUCCGCAUGCUGCAAUCAGCGAUCGAUGCGGUUGGGGGAGAUGGGGGGCUUGACGGGGGCGAGGUGUCUGCAUUUCUCCUGCGGGAGAUACGCAAAAUGCGCGUCAAUGCCAGCCCUCUCAUCAGCCUCGACUCGGGCAUCUGUGCGAUCCUGUCGCACGGGGCGCAGAGCUUCGACUGCCUCCGCUACUACCGCACCUUGCACCCGCGCCAUGCGCUGGCCCUGGACCGCAUCGCCGAGGUCCGGCAGCAGGCGUACGAUAUCUACCUCCAGCGCGCGCUGGCCCGGACGGGGAGCCUGCCGCGGGCGCUCUCGCAUCUGGUCGACCAAUUCAAGCAGUUGCUGGUGCUGUAUCCCGCGGUGGCGCAGAUGGACCACGUGCUGGUGUGGUCGGCGUUCAUCAUCGGCUUGGAGUGUCGGCGGACGGAGGACCAGCGCUUCUUCCGGAGGUUUCUGGAGCGGCAGUUUCGGCGCAAUGGGUUUGCCAACAUCAUCCGAGCGAUGGAGCUGCUGCAGCAGGUGUGGGAGGGGGGUGCCGAGCGGAAUUGGGCGGCGGAGCUGCCUCAAUUGCAGGUUUUUGUUACUUAGGCUUGCGGGCAUACUUGUAUAGUAGUUAUGGAGUGAAUCAAGCUCGGUCGGGUCAUAAGAGGGCUCUCUCCAAAGACACCCAAACAGGCAACUGU